AUGGCGGUGAGGGGAACGCUGGUCUGGCUUUGCUCGCUAACAGUUUUGUUCUCCUUCGCAAGCCAAGAAGAGACUGAACCUCCAAAGUGCAACUCACAGGAUGCAUACACAAGUCUUUCAAACGAUCUCAGGGGGGUGUUAGAGUGCGGUGAUUCGGCGCUAUCUCAGUGGAGUUCCCAAGAGAAAGCUGCAGUCCUGCUCUCUAUGAAGACUCUGACUGAUACUCUGCACAAACACCAGCUGGAUGAAUGCCGAGGUGCCGAACCACAGAAAUGUCCAGAACCUGAAGUGCCUGAAAACGGAGGGUUGGCGUGUGCCACAGUCAACGAUAAGCGCUACUGCAAACCUCUGUGCAACUACGGAUAUGAUUUUGGUUUUAUCAGAACCAGUCGUUUGUUUGAAGAAUGCAGUUUGGAGACUGGAUACAGAUGGCAGACCCAGUACAUCGGAGGAAACAAGCUGGCUGUAUGCAACAGGGAACAAAUUAGUUCGGUUUCUGGAGCAAGAUCAGCCUAUUUUCCUGAAAACCAGGACUGCCUGGCAACCAAGAGCAACGGCACGCUGCAGGACAGCAUCAUUGAAGUGUUAAAGACUGAGCUGAAGAGUCGUGGCGUUCAGGGAGAAGCUCAGUCUGCCUGUCUAGUGUGUGGAUGAACAAAAAAAAAACACAGUUUCCUUUUGCUUAUGUAACCUGAAUGGAUUCGUUGGCUGGCAUUUCUAUAUAUGUUUACAGUCAUGUCAGUAUAUCACUAUAGCAGUGUUAAAUAUUUACUGUUACUUUUAGAUUCAGUCAUUUCUGUCAUUUUUUAAUCAGGUCAGUUUG